CGCAGGGCAGAGACUCACGCGGACCGCACGGAGGACACAGACCGGGGCCACACGGUGGAUUUCUAUCGUUUUCGUCGCUACGGACCCGUCCAUCUGUCACAGACAGCGACAUAUAGCCCAGGACGGGUAGCCAGGAAACAGGUCGGACCGUUUAAGGAAAACCUGCGGGGACCCGGCAACGAGGAGGCUGCCCUGUGGAGACUGUGGCCAUACGUCCAACUUCCCCGAGUGAAGUCGGAGGUGUCUCUCUUCUCCAUCCCCUGCGAUAGGCUACCUGCUGCUGCUACAGAGGGGGAAACUACAUCUAGAGGGACCUGGAUCGUUUGAGAGCACCCUUUAAUGUUUUAGGGGAUUUUAGGAUCUCUCAAAUAUUAACAUUUUUGCACACCGAGUGUGUUAUUUCCUCUCUCGUCCUUUUUGGGAUAUAUACAGUGAUCCUUUUUUUUUCUCUUUUAGUACUUUAAAGUGCCUUAAUAACUGGCUCUAAUCCAGUGUAACUGUGGCAUUGUUACCAGGCAAGAGACGCCCAACAGGGAGAAGACUUUAUUCUCAGCUUUAGAGCCCAGGCAGGAUUACUGGUUCCCCUCCAUCCAGCGAGCUGCAACCAUGAGCCAGGCGGAUGUGUCGACUUGCUCCGCGCCGCAGAGGGUUUUCCAGGAGGCGGUGAAGAAGGGCAACACCAAGGAGCUUCACUCGUUGUUGCAGAACAUGACAAACUGCGAGUUCAACGUCAACUCCUUCGGGCCAGAAGGACAGACGGCCCUCCACCAGUCCGUUAUCGACGGGAACCUGGAGCUGGUGAAACUGCUGGUGAAGUUUGGUGCAGAUAUCCGGCUGGCCAACAGGGAAGGGUGGAGCGCUUUACACAUCGCCGCCUUCGGGGGCCACCAAGACAUUGUGCUAUACCUCAUCACCAAGGCCAAGUACUCCUCUGGCGCCCGGUGAUCUGUCUCUGCUGUCAGGUAAAAUAAGAAAAUAACAAGUAACAAAGCAACAGCAAAAAGUGGAAAAUAAAACUGCAACAGACAGGAAAGCCAGGCUCUUUUAGAAGCAACAAGACAAACUGCCAUCAUCUACAUAGUUGUGCCAAAUUAUAUGAAAAGGAAAUACAAAAUAGGCCUGCACAAUAAUCUUCCCUCACUGUAAACCAAACGGGGCCCUCUCUGCACUCCCGAGCGAAGCACCGCAUGGUCCAUACACGGCGCUUCAACACGAAUCUUUAACAAAAGAAACACCCUUUCGGUGAGUUUGUUGGUACUAAAGCUUUCCUCUUGAAUGUGUAUACUAGAUCGUGUGGUCCACUAUGAAAGAAGCCGGCCUCCGUGUAUCACAUGUGUGUGUUUGGACUCCAGAGUGCAGAUGGCCCAGUUUUUUUUUUUGUUGUUUUUUGUUUUUUUUGUUUUAAAUCCAUGACCUCCCAUCCUCAGUACAGUUUAUUUAUGGGGGGCGCAGAUUUGACCUGUUGCUCUUCAUUGUUCACUUGUAAAACCCUUUUUAAGUUAUUUUUUUAUAUGAAACACGGCACUUGAUGCUACAUGGCUGCAUGCUGGAAUAUCUGAAAGGGAAGACACAUGAACAAGAGA